UUGACUGUAAUAUUUGCAAAUACAACGAUCAUAGUUUGUCUGCUUUGUUUCUGUAGCGUACACUACGAAAAUGCUCAUUUGUAUUUGAUAGUACAGGAGUCGUUGACUAACAACUCGUUGAACCAAACCAUAAUAUAAUAUGGUAGAAACUAAACAUUGUAAUAUCAAGCUUCUUUAUUCUGAAAUGAAGUCAGUUAAAAAUUCGUUCAUGUAGUGUCUAGUGAUACAUAUGUGUUUACCUUUUGCUAGAUGUGACGAAAUGUAUAGCAAUAUAACUUAUUGAGCACUAGUUAUUGGACCGACCUGUAAAUAAAUCAAAAAAAUUAACUGCGAUCAUGUUGACCUACAGUUCUAGUUUCAAGUACAUUUAAAACUACGCUUCUAUUUUUGUCACUGUGUUGACACAAAAUUUCGCAACAUGAAGUUUCAAUGUUCAAAAUAGUGAUGUAAAAAUAACCUAUUAGUAUACAAAGCUGUUUAGAUGUCUGAUGUGAAAACAGCUGUGGGUGUUUACGUGCAAUUUAAUAAAUUGUCUAUCAACAAGAACAAAGCACUGUCCACUAAAAAGUGAAAUCGCUUCAACAGGCUCUGUGUUAUACAAUCUAGUAUGAUAAUAAACAAAGUGUCAGGAAAAAGUGAACAAAAAUCAGGAAUCAGUUAAAAUUGUUAUCGAAAACAAAUAUAUUUGUGGAAUAGUGAUAUAGAAAGAAAGUUAACAGAUGUUCUUGUAAGCACCGAGUGCGAAACAAACAAGUAUUAGCAACAAAGCAUAAUGCCAACUUUACUAGAAGCUCUGGACGCGAAAUAUGGUCUAGGUGACCAGAAAGAUAAAUCAGAUGAAGCGUUGGUAUCUAUUUUCGUACCGAAAUUGCCAGCCAGAUUAAGCGUGCCGGAGCUACUGAUUCUUAAUGACUGCAACAUUGACAAAGCUGGAGAGCCAGAUGACUUACGCCGAAAAUGCUGUACCGUUAGAGAACUGGAUUUAGCCCAGAAUAAACUGGAGAAUUGGGAUGAGGUUUUCCGAAUCCUUUCACAUAUGCCACGUGUUGAAUUCGUCAACUUAAGCCUCAAUCGAUUGAAUAGUCCUAUUGAAAAUCCUCAUCCCUGCAAAAUGGAUCGACUUCGUAGUUUGGUUUUGAAUAAUACGAAGCUGGAAUGGUAUGGUGUAGAUAUUCUUUUGCAGCUUCUGCCGGUGCUCGAGGAGCUUCACUUGAGCCUUAACGAAUACACACAUGUACUGAUCGACACUAUCGUCGAAGACCAGGAGAGAAAUAAUGGAACUGUUAACACGGAAAGUUAUGAUCCAUUCGCCCAAAAACGAUCAGAUCCCGAGAACUCAUUAUAUAAAUGGACUGAAGCUCAUCUCGGUGUGAAGAAGCUUCACUUAACAGGUAACCAUAUCAGCAAAUGGAACGAAAUUUGUCGGGUAGGACGAUUAUUUCCCAAUUUGGAAUCUUUGGUACUAGCUGAUUGCCCAAUUGAAUCACUUCAGUCGUCAGAUACUACGGGAGAUUUGCCAACUACAACGUCGUUGCAGCCGAUGAACGAUGGAAGUCACAAACAUUUCAGGAAUUUAGUGUUAUUAAAUUUAAGCAAUGCCAACAUCAAUUCCUGGGACGAUAUUGAUCGGUUAUCAAAAUUUCCAGCUUUAAAAAAUUUACGUGUUCAGUGCUGGCCUUUAUGGGAAAUGUGUGAUUCAACUGAGCAUGAACGGCGGCAGUUAUUGGUCGCACGUUUGCCGAAUAUCGAAAUCCUCAAUGGUGGAGAUGUCAUUGGUCCCGUGGAACGUGAAGAUGCAGAGCGUUCUUUCAUUCGCUACUAUCUAGAUAAACCAGAAAGUGACCGUCCAGAAAGAUAUUUUGAACUAACUGCUGUGCAUGGAAAGUUGGAUCCACUUGUAAAUAUUGAUCUCAGACCCGAACGAAAAGUCAAAAUCACAUUCACGUAUGGGGAUUCUAGUGAGGAGAGAACAGUUGACGUUUAUAGAACUGUGGUUGAUCUUAAAGCACGUUUAGAGCGCAUCGUCGGAUUGCCCGCUGCAAAGAUGCGAUUAUUUUACGUCGAUCAAGAUCUACGUGACUUGCAAGGGCUGGAAGAAAUGAAGUAUCCACACAAACGAUUAUAUAGCUACAACAUCCGUUCUGGUGACGAGAUAAUCGUAGACCAGAAACAUUAACACACAAAAAACUAGUUCAUUUUUCGUGUGUAUUUGGAAGAUUCAACUGAAUACAGUAAAAAUUGGACUGCCAUUGACGCUUACAAUGAAGCAAACAUUUUAAAUUUACAUUCGCAGCUAAAAACAAGGCAAUAGAAAUUAAUGUCACAUAAUAAACGCUUAGUAUAUUUGUAAUGUUUUGUAAUAAUAUUUUAUUUAACAAAGCGUAGAUUUAUUCCUAUUAUCAGUUUAUAUUAUAUAACAUUACUACUCUAUGUAUCACAUAUACACUUAAGUCUCUCUCAGUUUAUUUUGCAUGAAACGUCGAAAACACCACUCUCGAAACCAAUACUUUCAAGUCGACUCUGAGACUUUCAAAACAAAAAAAUUUUCGACAUCAACAGGAGAUCUCGACGUUUCAUGAAUUUUUAAGGCAUCUGGGCCCAACAUUUUUUCGUGAAUUUUCAAAAUUUUGCGGAUUUUUAGAGAACUUCGACGUUAUGUGGUUUUUCUAGGCGAUUGUUUUGUGCGGUACGUAUCUCCGGCAUAAAAAAGACUUGUGUAUAUAGAGAUUGAUAAGAGGCUGAUUGAAAUAAUGUCGGCAGCUAUUCUUUGUGUUUGACUUGAAUAAGUAAUUUGUACUAGAACAUUGAUUAGGGGUGCAAUUUUCAAAUAAUAUAAGCUAGACUAACGCUGGUAACUUUAUUACAAUGCGUUUUGAAAAAAAAAGAAAAAGAGCCUUUAGAUGUAAAAUAAUCUAUUGUAAUAAGUGAAUGCGUAUUCUGAAGAAUUGUUCAGAAAAUUAUCGAAACAAAAGAUAAUCUAUCCGUACUAAAUGAAACAGGCAUACUAAUACUAAUACUAAACGAAAAUGUAUAUUGAAACAAAGUAUCAUAUAAUACAUGUAUUGUGAUGAAUUAGAAAAAUAGUAAGAAAAGUGAUAAGAAAUAUAAAAGAAUAUGCAUCAAUGAA